AUGAGUAUGGACUGGAAGAACCUAAACCGAUCGCUGCUAACACAUCCGUUUUAUUUUAGAUCACCUUACGCUGGACUUAUCGGAGCCGAUCGGAAACGUCGACGCGGGGUGAUUGAAAAGCGCCGACGGGAUCGAAUCAACUGUAGUUUGUACGACUUGAAAAAGUUGAUACCUGAUGUAUCGCGCAAACCGGGUUCGUCAAAGUUGGAGAAGGCGGAAAUUUUGCAGUCGACGGUUGAUUUCAUCCACCGGCUCUACAGUGAAGGACACGUUUUAAGUUCCGAAGUCCGAGCAGUCGAACUUCGCCGUGCCGGAUUCAAAGAAUGCCUGUUAGAAGUUACCAGAGUCUUAUCCACCUUUGAAGGUUCGAAUGUUCAAUGUGAGGAAUUGCGGCGAACCCUACUCACACAUUUACAUCAGUAUGACAGCCAAAAGGAUGUGGAGGCUCGUGCCUAUAUAGCCAACGUCGCAGCAGUUGCUAAUGCACUGGAGACUCAAAACCCCAUCACGUCCAAGUCCAAACAGAAUAGCAGGGUUCACAGAAAUCCCGAACAGUUAGGAUGUCGUAAUCCGUGGGACAUCAAUCCGGAGCAUCGACAGCUAUCACAUCCCGCAUCCCAAUACGACAGUCUACGUAAUUCUCAUUAUCCACGUCACUGUCUCGGACAGUAUCCCUGUUUUUCAGUCAGCCAGCAAGAUUCUAGGAAUGGACUACCAGGGCAGAUGAAUCCUACGGAUGUAAGCGUUGCAAGGCUACAAACAUGGUCUCAGAACAGGAUGACAGCAUCUUGCCACAAUGAAUUUGCAUCGGCUCGUACUGCUGCCGUUCACAACGUGAAUACAUACGAAACGAAAAAUUGUCCUUCAAUCAACGGUAGUUAUGGCACUGUUCCACUUUCGGGUAGUCAGAACUAUACCAGUCAACCUCAAGCACCAAACUGCUCGGGACCAAAUGAAAGUCAGUCAACAUCCUCACCACCCUUUCACUCAACACCAGAUGACACAGAACCCGGCAGCAGCCCACAAGCCCUAACCAGACUCUUGUAUUUUAACGACACUCAACCAGAAACGAACGGAAAAUAUCCUUCCCGUGAAACGUCACAAAUGGGUCAGCCAUCAAACGAUCCAUCUAUGCUUGCUCAUUUGAAUUCAAUCGAUUUAACUCCUGUGAAAUUCACUCAUUAUAACUCAAGUUCAUCGGCCACAGAUCCAAUCAGAACAUGUAACCCAUCAGUGCACACAGUGGAAAAUCCUAACAAACAGUUGGCGUAUGUGAAAGGAGAAAAUAUCACUAGUAACAUGUUCCACACAGAGUUGGCCGUGGAGCAACCUGAAACGUUGACGGGCUAUCCUCCGUAUUCCAAAUCCUACCAGCCCUAUGGCUCCCAACUUUCAACGGCGACUGUGACCGUCAGCAAUGCAUUCCCAAGUUCAUCUUAUAACAGUGCAGGAAAGUUACAAAAUUGGAAUCAGGAAACAACAAACACCACCGAUUUGGGGUACUCUAGCUCCUACUGGCAGUAUUCAUUGCAUUCAAUGUGA